AUGCUUUCGCCCAUUUUCCAGAGCAAUGGAUCUCGCAUCUCCAGACCCUGUGUGCUGCUUGAACAACUGCUAAUCUUCACGCCCUCCCAGGCUACAGUAGCGAGUCUUGUGGAUACUGCAAAGACACGUCGAAUGGCCGUCCCAAGGCAAUCGAAGACCAUCGUGUUGGCAUGGUGUGUGGUCCAUUGCGGGGCAUCGUCACGAGCGAGCUACUACUUCUCCUCCAAAAGCUUGACGGUUGACGUCUACCAGCUCCUCGUGGACCGCGGUUGGAGACGAUCGGGCACGAUUUUUUAUAAGCCAGACGUUCUACGUCACUGCUGUCCCCACUACACGAUCCGCCUCCCUGUAGCGACAUUCAAGCCGUCCAAAGAUCAAAGGAAGGCAGUCAAUCACUGGAAUGAUUUUGUGCUGGGAGAAGCCUACAUCAAAGAAGCAGCCAAGCUCUACCCAUUGUCCAAAGAGGAGAAGGCUCGCCUCAAGAAUGCCUUUGAUCUUACUCGCGAGAUACAUCGGACAGAACUACAAAAUGUCAAACAGCCCCCUGAACCUGCGCACCGCUUCGAGGUAACACUCGAGCCAGCUGAGUUUACAAGCGAGAAGUAUGAGCUUUUUGCCAAUUACCAGCGAAAUGUACACGAGGAAAAGGACCAUGAAAUCUCCGUCUCUGGCUUCAAACGCUUCCUGUGCGAAUCACCCCUUCAGCGGACCUCGCGCCAGGUAGAUGGCAAGGAACAGCUUCUUGGCUCUUAUCAUCAGUGCUACCGACUUGAUGGACGGCUCAUCGCCAUGGGUGUAUUAGACCUCCUGCCACAUUGCGUGAGCGGUGUCUAUAUGCUCUACCAUUCCGAUUUUGAAAAGUGGCAGUUUGGUAAGUUGAGCGCGUUGAGGGAGGCCGCUCUUGCACAUGAAGGUGGCUACGAGUUCUACUACAUGGGCUACUACAUCCACUCGUGCACGAAGAUGAAGUACAAAGCCGACUACAAAACUCAGCAUGUAUUAGACCCAGAGACUUACGAAUGGAACCCACUCGAUGCCGACCUUCGAGAGCUCCUAGACAAGAAGGGAUAUGUAUCCAUGGCAAGAGAGCGCCGCUUGAGGGAGGAGAAAGCUCCGGAAGGAGAAGAAUCAGGGAACAAGGCCGACUCAAAGGGUGAUGAAUCAGACUUUCCCUUUGCAACCGCGGCCGAAGCAGGUGAAGCAGUGUCGAAUGGGACUUCGCUCUUCUACAUCAAGGUUCCGGGUCUCAUGACUGCGGAGGAGAUUGAGGAGCAACUAGAUCUAGGCAGCAUGCCAAUCUGUGUUGGCAACAGAAUGGCUGAAGCUCAGGAUCUCGUAUCCUGGGAUAGUGCAGACUUGAGAAAUCCUCGUUCGAUAAAGGGUAUUAUUGGUGAGCUUGUUGCAUGUCUAGGACCUGAAGUUGCGUGGCAGGUGGUUGUAGACCUUGGCUGA